AUGACCGGUACUGGCACUGACCAACAGGACGCAAACUCAGCAUCAAGCAAGAAGCGGACCCACCCGGAAGACUUCAAGCGCGCCUACAAGGCCUGCAUCAAUUGCCGGCAACGCAAGGCCAAAUGUAUCCUGGGGACCGGCCCUGAUGGUGGAGAGCUAAAGCCUCCCUGCCAAAGAUGCAAGCGAGAGAUGCGCGAAUGCGUCUUCCGGUCGGAGCGCUCAUGGGUCAAGAGACGCAAGCCGGGAGAGGCGAGAGAGAAUGAGGACGAGGAGCCUGCCCAGCCCCAGUCAAAUCCACAACCCGUCGUUCAUCCCUCGCCCAGUGGCCACAGAUCGUCCACUUCGACACAUGGGUUCACCCCGGGAGGUAGCCCACAUGUUAACGGCGGCCACCAUCGCCCGGAAUUUCAGUCUCCACACGGCCAUCUUCGUCGCGUUUCGUCUUCUCAGCCAGAUCUAGCGCAUUCCGUGAUGAGGACUGUAGUUUCUAGCGGCAGCGAUGCGUUGAAUCUCCUGUUUGAGGCUGCAAAUCAUCGCGACGCCAUUGACAACCAGGAGCAGUCAGGGUCUCAGGCAUACGAGACGCCCAGGUCAGGGCCAUCUGGCUACGACAAUGGUGUGCCAUCAUCACCAUUUCACACGUUCAGAGCGCAGCCGGUGCAGAUGUCAACACCGUCGCCUGAGACUCUGAAGAUAUGGACUUCAUGUCGAUUUGUGCAAAUGGGCUGGUUCUCCGCGCAUGAAGCCGUUACGUACGUUGAUCUGUUCUUCAAGAACUGUUCGCCCUUGUCGCCCAUACUAGGAGAGUUUUAUUCGCAUCAUGAAAACCACUACACACUGAUUGCGUUGGAUCCGUUUCUCUGCACUACUAUCUUGAUGAUAUCAUCUCGGUAUAACAUCCUCCCUGGAGUAGGUGGCGCGUCGCGAGGCUACUUUGUCCAUGACAGACUCUGGGAGCAAUGUCAGCGUUUCAUUAUGAAAAUCAUGCUGGGUCAGGUGAAGCCCUCCAAAGCACAAAGUAGGACUAUCGGAUCCAUUGAAGCACUACUGCUUCUAUCCGAGUGGCAUCCUCGUGCCCUUCACUUUCCGACUGCUGCAGAUGGCUGGGACUGCGAACUAAUGAUUGGCGCCAACAACACCACUGAAGAGGGUGCAAAGCUCUUGGAAGGAGAUGUGACCUCGAACAGAUGGCUUGAGGAUGUCAUAGAACCUGCAAAGCGCUCUGAUCGCAUGUCUUGGAUGUUGAUGGGCUGUGCCUUGUCCUUGGCUCAAGAGCUGGGCCUCUUUGAAGACAAUGCAAGGAUCGACAAAGACCAGGUGUCUUACCCAAAGUUCUCGACCGAAUAUCUGAUCCUACGAAGGAUUCGGGCUCGGAAACUACUCUACGUGCUGCUUGAACAGCUCUCGUGGCGCCUGGGUUGCACGUCGAUGAUCCCGCAAAGUCUCAAUCAUGCUUUGAUGGAAAAGAUUCCGGUCGAUUCAGCCACAGGUGCUGUAGAGCAAUGGCAGUCUUUCAUGAGUGCCUGGGUGGAGCUUACAAAGCUUGCACGUUCCAUUUCUGAUACCAUAUAUCCCAACACGACUACUACAAGGAGUCUUCUGCGCACGGGUCGCUACAUAGGCCUGCUGGAACACUUCCAGCCUUUGUUGACCUCGUGGAGGAAGAAGUAUCUCGACCCCCGCAAGCUCAAAGUCGGAUUGCAUGAUAUGCUUCACAUAGAGUAUCAGUAUGUACGCAUCUACACCAACUCGCUAGGCAUGCAAGCAGUCGUCGAACGCACGCUUGCCGAGACCGACCCAGAUGUUCCUCAAGAAGACAACCUUCCGUUUAAUCUCGAGCCAAGAGACUACGACUUUAUCCAGGAGGUGGUUGAUGGAAGCUGUCAGAUUUUGCAAAAGGUCUGCCAACUGUCGGAAACAGGAGCACUACGCUACUCGCCAGUGCGGAUAUUCCUACGCAUCACGACAUCGUCGAUAUACCUAAUCAAGGGCCUGAGUUUGGGCUCACGCAAUCAAAAGCUACAAUCAUGUCUAGACAUCCUCGACGCAGCUAUCCGGGCACUUCGAGCAAGUACUCUUGAUGAUAUGCAUCUGGCAUCGCGCUAUGCCACACUGCUUGACAUGCAUGUCGCCCGUCUCCGCGAAAGCUUUGUUGUUUCUUCACGACCACCACGACUCCCCUCACGUGCUACGUCCGCCGACCUCAAGAGCGCAACAACGGGCAUGGACUUUUUGAACAACCACAACGCUGGACAGUCGCAUCUUUCUUCACUUGCAGAAAACGUGACAAAUCUCAUGCCCGAUGAUGACUGGCUUGCACUACCCUUUGAUCCUGCAAUGGCACCAUUUGGUUUAGAUAGUGGACCACAGAGUUUCCAGGGCUUUGAUGACGGAACUUUGGAUUUUAUAUGGAAUCUACCCAUGUAG